AUACAUACCCCUUACCUUAGAUAACAUAUACAUACAUCAACAUUAUUAUUAUUAUUAUUCCUAAUGGAACAUAACAAUAACAACAAUAUUAUUUUGCAUUCUCAUUGUGUAGAAGUGGCAAUGGAAGAAGUGCACCAUGUUGUGGCUCCACCACACAAGAGCACCUUCCAGAAGCUCAAGGCUAGGCUCAAGGAAACAUUCUUCCCUGAUGAUCCUUUGAGGCAAUUCAAGGGACAACCUUUGAAGACCAAAUUUGUUCUUGGAGCUCAAUAUUUCUUCCCUAUUCUUCAAUGGGGUCCUAAUUAUACCUUCCAACUCUUCAAAUCUGACCUUAUCGCUGGCCUCACCAUUGCUAGUUUGGCCAUCCCUCAGGGAAUCAGUUAUGCAAAGCUUGCAAACCUUCCUCCAAUUGUGGGACUAUAUUCUAGCUUUGUUCCUCCACUUGUUUAUGCUGUGCUUGGAAGCUCAAGGGACCUAGCUGUAGGACCAGUUUCAAUUGCUUCUCUUGUUCUUGGAUCCAUGUUGAGGCAAGAAGUGUCUCCAACAACAGACCCUCUUCUCUUUCUUCAGCUUGCUUUCACUUCUACCUUCUUUGCUGGUCUCUUUCAAGCUUCUCUUGGGAUUCUAAGGCUUGGGUUUAUCAUUGACUUUUUAUCAAAGGCCAUACUUAUUGGUUUCAUGGCUGGAGCAGCUAUAAUUGUUUCACUGCAACAACUUAAGAGCCUCCUUGGAAUCACACAUUUCACUAAACAAAUGGGCCUGGUUCCUGUUAUGACUUCUGUCUUUCACAAUGUUCAUGAGUGGUCAUGGCAAACAAUACUAAUGGGAAUUUGCUUCUUGAUGCUACUAUUACUGGCAAGACACAUUAGUAUAAGAAAACCAAAACUUUUCUGGGUCUCAGCUGGUGCUCCUCUUGUAUCUGUUAUCAUCUCAACUAUCUUGGUUUUUGCAAUUAAGGGCCAAAACCAUGGCAUCAGUGUGAUUGGAAAACUGCAAGAAGGAAUAAAUCCUCCUUCUUGGAACAUGUUGCGGUUUCAUGGAAGUCAUCUAGGCCUUGUCAUAAAAACUGGGAUUAUCACAGGCAUUUUAUCCCUCACUGAAGGAAUUGCAGUAGGAAGAACAUUUGCAGCUCUCAGAAACUACAAAGUAGAUGGUAAUAAAGAAAUGAUGGCCAUUGGAUUCAUGAAUGUGGUUGGCUCCUUCACUUCCUGCUAUGUUACAACAGGUGCAUUCUCUCGCUCAGCGGUUAAUAACAAUGCCGGGGCGAAAUCAGCCGUGUCGAAUGUAGUGAUGUCUGUGACAGUCAUGGUGACCCUCCUUUUCCUUAUGCCAUUGUUCCAAUACACGCCUAAUGUUGUGUUGGGUGCAAUCAUAGUCACGGCGGUGAUCGGUCUCAUUGAUAUCCCUGCUGCUUGCCUCAUCUGGAGGAUCGACAAAUUCGAUUUCAUUGUUAUGUUGACUGCAUUCUUUGGUGUUAUUUUCAUCUCUGUCCAGCAAGGACUUGCUCUCGCAGUUGGAUUAUCAACAUUUAAGAUCUUACUGCAAAUUACAAGGCCUAAAACAGUUAUGUUGGGAAAGAUACCAGGGACAGACAUAUAUAGAAAUCUUCAUCAGUAUAAGGAAGCUGUGAGAGUACCUGGUUUUCUCAUUUUAAGCAUUGAGGCUCCCAUCAAUUUCGCUAACAUAACAUACCUCAAUGAAAGGACGUUACGAUGGAUUGAAGAUGAAGAAGACAACAAAAAGGAAUACUCAAGCCUUCAAUUUGUGAUCCUGGAAAUGUCAGCUGUGAGCGCCAUCGACACAAGUGGAAUUUCACUUUUCAGGGAUUUGAAAGCAGCAUUGGAAAAGAAGGGAAUUGAGCUUGUGCUGGUGAAUCCACUCGCCGAGGUCAUAGAAAAGCUGAAAAGAGUAGAUGAAGCCAACGAAUUCAUACCAGCACAAAAUCUGUUCUUGACAGUUGGAGAGGCCGUAGCUUCACUUUCAACAGCAAUGAAAAACCAAUCAACCAUCCCAGAGGGAGCACACACAAUUAUGCCACAUUACUGAUAAUUUAAUUAACAUUGCAGAAUAAAUCAUCCAAAAAAAUACCAAAAAAGAAAAGAAAGUUGUGGCGGCGGCAACUGCUGCAACCAAGCUACCUUCGAAUUCAUAUAUAAUGAAUCAGUGUAGCAUCCUAUAGUGUAAAUGAUUGUGUUAAGAAACUUUGUCAUUUAUGCUUCUGCUUAUUAGUUGUUACCUUGCAAGCAUUUUGAUCUAGUUAAAUGGAAAACCACUUGGUGCUUGCUAGUUCAAGCAUUCAGAGUGAUUUACAUGUAUAAUACAUAAUUUAGAAGGAAAAGUUUGCUUAAUUGUAAGUUAUAACUAGAUAUGGUGUUAAUAUCCGCUUCUCAUGUACUCUUGCAAUAGGUCAAAAUUAAAGCAAUUAAA